CUGCAGACACACGCAGUGCAGGAAGUACAGAGUCUGCUGUAGUUUUUGCGUUAUGUUGGCUGCCAAACACGUUCCCGCCGUCCCACAUAAAGGGAGGAGAGCGGCUCUGCAUUUGACUGGAAGGCUCCUCUGUGUUCUGGUUAGUAACUACUUCUCGGCUUCUCCGCGAUGAGUCAGGCCGUGUUGGUGGAUCUGAUUCACGGCUGCUGUGCCGCCUGCGCGGGCGCUUCUCUGCUGGAGGAAUCCGCUGCAGACUCGCAGGUCUUUCUGCUGUGCGGGAAAAGUUACCGGGAGAAAAACGGCUUAAUAGACACGCUCCUGACCUCGUGCUCAAGUGCGCACGUCCUGGACUCCGGCUCCACAGUGGAGAAUUUGUACCGAUUCAAGCAGACUUUGGACCAGCUGGACCUGAGCUCGAUCACGGUCCUCACGACCGCACAGGGCAAAGAGGUGCUGGUUCAUUACCAGGACCUGCUUUUUACGGCCGUGUACGCCUUUCAUUACAAGGAGAGACCGGCGGAGCAGAGCUGCCACGGCCGCAGAGGCUCCGCACGCACGGAGUCACCUGGCGAAGCAGUUCGUGAAGAAGUGUCGACGUUUAUGCAGCAGCUUCCUGCACUGAAGGGGCAACUCUCAGUCCUGACGUCUACGCUGAUUCCAGACUGUUUUGGUCAUGGCUUCAGCACUCGUACAGGUGGUGUGUCCUACAUCCCGACCUUAUCCUCCUUGAAUCUGUUCAGCAGCAGCAGGAGGAAGGACCCCGUGGCUGUAGUAAUGGAAAACAGGCACAGAUUAGCCCUUCAUGCUGGUUUCCACCCUCGACCCCUGCAUCUAGUCAAGGUGAACCACGCCAACGACGUGUGGGUCUUGGGAACAGCUGAGCCCGAGAGCUAUGAUGCAAUGGUGACCAAUCAGACUGGGCUCGUCUUAGCAGCUCCAGGGGCCGACUGCAUGCCGCUCCUCUUUGCUGAUCCGGUCUCAAAAGUCAUCGGAGUCGCGCAUGCAGGUUGGAGAGGAACCAUAAUGGGGGUUGCCAUGGCCACUGUGAAUGCCAUGAUAACAGAAUUCGCUUGCCAGGUUAGCAACAUUGUGGUGGCAGUGGGACCGUCAGUGGGAGCCUGUUGCUUCACCAUGGAAAGACAGCAGGCGCUGGACUUCAUCCGCAUCCAUCCAGACUGCGUCCCUGAUCCAGAGUCAGCCAGACCACAUGUUGAUAUCCGUCUCGCCAACAGAGUUCUCCUUCAGAACGGCGGCAUCCUGCCUGAGCACAUACACGACAACACGGUGGAAAACCGGUCCUGCGUGACACCCUGCACCUCGUGUCACCCUGAAAACUUCUUCUCCCACGUCAGAGACGGACUUAACUUUGGCACACAGGUGGGCUUCCUGUGGAUCAAAGAAACAGGAGAACGGGCCAGACUUCCAUCGGACCAUACGGGACGUUAGCUUUGGCUUUGUGUUUGGGCUUAGAAAUCCUCAAAGUACGAUCUCCAGUGCUGUCAGAAAUAGCCGCUCACUGUCCUGUUAAUCUAAAACAGGCAGAUCUUUUAAAUGAUGCAUCAUAAUGCUGAGCAGGCACCUUUAGAGACCUCUUAAGACACUGACAGAGGAAUUGGCAGCUGAGGUGAGAAAGAUAGCUGCAACUGGCUGGAGAGAUGGGAGUACCUGUUUGGGCGUGUCAUGAAUCAGGGUUGAGCACAUUGGGAACACACUUACCUCAUAAUGUUGUUAGUUAAAGCUUCACAAAGUAAAUAGACUCUUCUUGGUAAAAUUAUGUGGUAGAAAAAAACGAGAUAUGUGAAAAGCCAGGUUAGCUAGCCUGCUGGUGCUACAUGUGAACUAUGAGAAGGCUGUUUUCUGUCAGCAGCAGGAGAAAAGGCCCGUUUUAACCGAGGGACGAUCUGUCACCUUUCACUAAACUGAAUUAUUUGUUCAGUGUUUUGUUUAUUAAUUUGCAGAGACAUGUUUUACUGUCUUGCAGGGAUUUCUCACUUAAGUGAAUAUGUUUUAUAGUCUAUGUUGGGGUUUUAUUUUUUUACUCAAAGAAUAAAAUGACAAAUGUUUAAAAGUAAACUCCAGGAAAUUAAUAAUAACAGACAAUUUAAUAAAUACAUUAGACAAUAGAAAGUGCCAGAUUAACUUCCCAGUCUCAGUGUAGCUUAUCUUAAAGGUUCGGCCACAGUACAUACAAUUAAAACAUCGCCAUGUUCUGUUAUUAAUGUGGAUAAGAUUGCUUUGUAUUGAUUAAUUGAAGCAUCAAGGCUUUAUUGUUAAUGGAAGAAAAUCUGAGUCAUGGGAACCAGCACUGGACAAGACCAAUGACAAAGGCCAACCUGCAGCACACAGACUGUGGUUACAGUAUAAAAUGGUAUAGUUAGUGAGGAACAUGGCCUCAGAGGGGGAGGGAGACGGAGCACACACAGGCCUGUGACUUCCUGAACUCUGAGUCCCACAUGUGCAUGUGUGAUAUCUUCUGAUUCUUUAAUAUAUUAAAUGUCUUAAUUUUUUAAUUAAAGUCUUUCAGGUGUCUUUCUUCACAAAUUAAAAACACGCCUUUCUUUUUAAUUGAAUGGGUUGAGCAAAGAUUAUUUAUGAAUCUAAUCCUGCAGGGAAGUUUUUUGUUGUUGGAAGCAACAAAAAAUACUGAACUGGAGCCAUUUCUCCAAACACCUACACGUUUUGCCCAUUGUGUGCCCACUGUAUCAAGCAAACUAGCCACUAGCUAGUUAGCACUUCUCUAUCUGCCUCC